GCCUUCGCUUGGACUCUAGGAGUGCAGGACGAAGCUACGGCGUGGAAUUUCAUUUUGGCUCGCGCAUUUAAAAGGAAAUCGUCAUCCUUAAAUUCAACACCGUGAUUAUCAAGCACGAUUCCUGUGGACAGCCUAAAUUGAGACAAUAUAGUCUUUUUCAAAAACGAUUUCCAGCCGGAGUUGCAAGACGAUUUUACCCUUCUUUGCUGCGGCUGCACUGAGUUAGGUGCCGCUAGGGUUCAGGCGACUCCCAGCACGGUGGCUGUCGCUUGUACGGCGGCCGUCGCUGGUGCAGACGACCCUCGGGAUUAACCAGGAGUCACGAAGUUGUGAAUAGCAAGUUAUGGCGGAGGAUACUGGCUCUGGGUAUGCAACUGUUCUAUUAUAUAUUGAUGGUGAAGUAUUGGAGGGCGAGAAUGGGGUUCAUUAUAGCACAAGUCCUGCAAAAGCAAUUAGAGUCCUCAAGAAAUCAAAAUUCAAUCAACUCCACGACAAAAUAUGCCAGUGUUUGAACAUAAAUACAAAUAUGUUUAAGAUUGAAGUAUCCUGUAGAUAUCCUGUCAUGACUAAUAAUGGUCGAGUCAGCUUUGUAUCACUCCCUGUUCUUGAUGAUGGAGAUGUUUGCAUUGUAUUGGACCCUCAAACUGCAUGCCAAAAUAUCUAUGCUGUUGAAUUUUACUUGACUCGUAAGCUCGUGUGUGACAAUGAAAAUGAUGCAUGUGCUGAGACAAGGGAGCCUUCAACUGAGGACUUGAACUGUUAUAGAGAGCAAUGUGGUGGGUAUGGUGGAAACUUGGAUGUGGUACCAGAUUCUAGUAUUAGGUCAAACCAACAAUAUAUCUAUCCUAUGGAUCCAGGACCAUCAGAUAAAUCUGUUUUGACUAGUCAAGAGCGACACAGGUCCCAACUUGUAUGGGAUGAGCAAACAGCUGAUGAGCUACACUGUCGCACGCGAAUGGCAGUUCUUCAACGCACACUAACAAUUCACCCACGUAUUAUUCCAUACUUACAGCGUGCCGGAUUUUAUGGAGUGGCCAGAAUAGGGUUUAUGAGGCUGGAUUGGCAUCUCAUUACUGCAUUUGUAGAGCGAUGGAGACCGGAGACACACACAUUUCACCUUUCUAAUGGAGAGGCCACCAUCACACUACAGGAUGUUUCAGUGCAAUUAGGACUACCUGUUGAUGGCAAAGCUAUUACAGGCCCUACCACGGCGGAUUGGCGGGGGAUUUGUGAGCAGCUGUUGGGGGUAAGCCCACCAGAUGAUGCAUUUAAUGGCUCUCGACUACAACUAUCAUAUCUGACAAAUCAAUUUCAGCACCUGGUAGAUGAUGCGGAUGAGGAAGUGGUUAAGCGACAUGCACGAGCAUAUAUUCUACUACUUAUUGGUGGAUGUUUAUUUGCAGACAAGUCUCAAAACAAUGUCCAUUUGAUGUUCCUUCCAUUACUUAGUGACCUGGAUGAUGCUGGAAAUUAUAGUUGGGGCAGUGCGACACUUGCAUGGUUGUACCGAGAGUUGUGUCGUGCUACUGUACCAUCAACGCGUGAGAUCGCUGGACCCCUUAUUCUACUACAGUUAUGGGCAUGGGACAGAUGUCCACACAUUGCGCCACAGCGCAGAGGUUUACGGCAACCAGAGUUAGGAGAGAAUGGUCAACCAUUACCUGCUGGAGCUUUAGGCGUGAGGUGGAAGGAUGACUUACGCACGACCAUGAUAGGUCAGCAUGUUUUGACUUGGUAUAGGUAUCAGCUUGACCGACAAAGGGCUGACCAGAUGAUUUGGGAACCCUAUACAAAUGACAUGUUACAGACCCUUCCUCCAUUUUGUUUGGCCGGGAGGGAGGUAUGGCGUGCCGUGGUGCCGCUCAUCUGCUUCCAUAUUGUGGAGUGGCAUAGGCCGGAUCGUGUGAUGCGUCAGUUUGGCCUUCAUCAACCCAUCCCUGAUCCGUGUGACACGCGUCGAGAUCCACGUGGGGUGGUUAGUGAUUUGCAUGACAUAGAUUUGCGAGGGCGUGGAGAUCGAAACUGGCAAAUUGAGCACUCCUCAUUUCUUCAAGUGUGGGAUUCUCGAAGGGAGCAUAUAAUCAUUGGUGAGGUAGGUGGAGGACAUAUGGAUUACCAUGACCCGUACAUGGUUUGGUAUCGCAGUAUCACUCGUCGGUUCAUUAGCAAGGCUGGAGGAUUUUUUGAGGUCUUGAGUGAUGCACUCGUCCACAUACAUGACCUAGCUGCACCAUAUGCUGAAAUAGGAGCUGUUUCAGAUAUACAGAAGAGGUGCGUGGAGGCUCUUCAUUUGAUAAAGGAGCAGGAUCGACUUGUAGUAGCUAAUAUGGGUGUGCCACCAGAGCCUACUCACCACCGAUCAGCACUGGAUGGGAGGUCACCUGGUGCUAGAAUGGAGCGAAUACAAGAGCAAACACCAGGACGAAGGCGAGCUCGAGGUGGCACUCAGGGGCAGCAUCAUACUCAUGCACCGCUGGUAGAUGAAUCUAACCAUCAGCCCAUACAUGAUAGCACCUACAACCCCACUACUGCCCCCUCUUCUACAUCAUUUGUUGUCACUACUGACCCCUCACCUUCCUGCUUGCCCGCCAUUGCUAGCCCCACUCUAAGCCAAUCGGUCAACACUACUACCACUGCCCCAUCUACCCUGGUUAGUACUUCCAUUGCUCCAUCUUCCUUCCCUAUUGAUACACUUAUCCCCACUGUUACCUCUACUCCCACUGCUUCAAUUAUUACUCCCAGUGUUGUUGUGACCUCUACCUUGUUUGCCACAACCACUAGUUCACCAUCCCCUCUUGUCUUAGUGCCGUGUGUGUCAGAUGGCACAUUGUCUCAAUCCCAGCAAGUUGAGUUGAGUGCCAAAGCUGCAGUGCCUGGACAAAGACGAGGACAGGGACGGGGACGGGGACGGGGACGGAUUGGUCGAGGGAGAGACAUGGUGCGUAGAAAAGGUCUGAAUAGGGGCCAUGACGUUGGAGCAUCUCAGGUCAAACAAAAUGACCUCUUCUUACAACAUGCCUAUGACCCUCGGUCUACAGUUGGUGGUACAGCUGCUGGGAUGCACCUUGAGCAGGAGGCAUCACAAUUUGAUGAGGUCAACGCAAUCUAUCCACCAGAUAAGUAGGCCAUGCAAGGGCCAGCAACUACCUGUACGCAAGAGAAAGGCAUCAAGCUGUUGAAAAUGAGCAGUGGUUAGCAUAUGCGGUGUGAGGAUUCUUUUCUUCUUUUUUUUUUGUACCUGAGCUGACUGUAGGGUAUGGACAAGAUUAAAAAUUGAGUUUUUGCAUUAACCAGUUCUAAUAAACCUUAUUGUCUUGUUAGGUCUGCCCUUAAGGAGAAAAACCAUAAGAUCAACUUAUUUUUCUUUCUUUAUGGUUGUAUCAGUGUCAUAGUUUCCCUGAACCAUAAGUUUUUAGUUAAUCAACAGCUAUCUAUAUAUAAGAAAAGCGCCUCAGUGUUGCACAAUUUUUUUCAUGCGAUGACAUUGUUUCGGGUUCAUUUAACCCCUUCCAUUUUACCGGUUCAGAUGAGUCAGUCCACUCUCCCUACCUUUCCCGCACCACACCCCUAAUAUCAUAUUACUUCUCCUCUCUGUUUCUUACUCUCCGUUUGCUGCCUCCUGCUAGGACAUGCAAGAGUUGCCUUCGUCGUUGUUAAUGAACUUCUCAGAGAAUGUGUUCAGAAGGUUCUCGUGGUGUGGAGAAAUUGGAAGAGGGUUUGGCUGCUUUGAUGAGUUUGCCAAUGUACAACGGAGUACAGAGAAGCCUUUUCAGGACACGACUCAAGAGGCUAGAAGGAAAUCAAUGCCGGCAAAUUUUUCUUUGUUCUGUAUCAGUUGUAAAAUUUGGUCCAUGAGAAUCAUGAGCAGUUUUUUUAUCAAAUGAGACAAAAAAAUUUUGAUUGAGAGUCUUCUGCAUUUUUCUAAUCAAA